GCGUCCCCCCCCCUCCCCGGCCGGAGCGGGCCCGCUGCCCCCGCUGGGCCGCAGGUGCCGCAUCCCGGUGCGGGUCCCGCCCCCCACGGCGGGGCCCCCGGGCCGUGACGCCCCCCCAACAUCGGGGUCCCCCCACCCCCCACUGACCCCCCCAGCCGUGACCCCCCCCCCAGUAGGGGCCCCCUGCCCCACACUGGUCCCCUGGCCCGUGAUCCCCCCCCCACUCGCCCCCUGGACUGUGACCCCCCCCCGUUGGGGUCCCCCUGCCCCACGGUAGCCGCCUGGGCUGUGACCCCCCCCCACCCCACCCCCUGGGCCAUGACACCCCCCCCCCGUUGGGGUCCCCCUGCCCCACACUAUCCCCUUGGGCCGUGACCCCCCCCGGCAGCGUCCCCCUGCCCCACAGCAGGGCCCCCAGGCCGUAACCUCCCCCCCCACAGCAGGGCCCCCAGGCCGUAACCUCCCCCCCCAGGCCGUGACCCCCCCCCACAUCAGGGUCCCCCCACCCCACACACACCAACCCCCCUGGCCCAUGAUCCCCCCCCUCCACUAGCCCCUUGAGCCGUAACCCCCCCCCAGCGGGUCCCGCUGCCCCACACCCCCCCCCCGGGCCGUGACCCCCCCCCAGCGGGUCCCCCUGCCCCACACCCCCCCCCCCGGGCCGUGACCCCCCCCCAGGGCCGCGCUCUGACGGGUGUCACCCCGCAGGCAUCGCCCCCCCCCCCCCGCCGCCGCCAUGUCGUCGCCGCUGCCGCCGCCGCAGUACAUGUGCUGUGAGUGCGGGCUGCUGGCCGAGGCGCUGGAGGAGGUGCUGCUGCACCAGCGCGGCCACCGCCGCAGGGGGGGCCCCGCCGCCGGCCCCCCCCGCCGCUACCGCUGCCUCGACUGCGGCCGCCUCCUGCCCUCGCCCCAGGCGCUGCUGGCGCACCGCGGCCUGCACCCCCGGCCCGGCCCCCCCCCGCCGCUGCCGCCCCCCAUCCGCUACCAGUGCGGCGAGUGCCGGGCGCUCUUCGCCUCGCCGGCGCCGUGGCUGGCGCACCGGCAGAGCCACGCCGCCCCCCCGCCGCCCCCCCCGCAGCCCUACGAGUGCUCCGAGUGCGGCCGCCUCUUCGCGGCCCCCGAGGAGCUGCUGGAGCACCAGGGCGAGCACUUCGCCGCCACCGAGAAGGAGAGCGGCGACCCGGUGGCGGCGGCCGGGGAUCCGGUGGCGUCCGAGGGGCCGGUGAUGGCGUCCGAGGAGCUGGCGGCAUCCGAGGAUCCGGUGAUGGCGUCCAAGGGGCCGGCGGUGGCGUCUGGGGAUCCGGCGGCGUCCGAGGAUCCGGUGAUGGCGUCCAAGGGGCCGGCGAUGGCGUCUGGGGAUCCGGCGCUGCCCAAGGAUCUGGUGACGGCGUCCGGGGAUCCGGCGCUGCCCAAGGAUCCGGCGACGGCGCCCGGGGAUCCGGCGCUGGCGUCGGAGGAGCCGCCCAGCCCGCCGCCGCCCCCCGCGCGCGCCCCCGUCCCGCCGCCGGCCUUCGCCUGCCCCGAGUGCCGGCGCGGCUUCGGCACGGCGCGGCGGCUGCUGGCGCACCGGCGGGCGCACGGCGGGGGGGCCCACGGCUGCCCCAGCUGCCCGCGGGUCUUCAAGAAGGCGGCGUCGCUGGAGCAGCACCUGCGGCUGCACCGCGGCGAGGCCCCGCACCUCUGCGUCCACUGCGGCCGCGCCUUCGGCACCGAGGCGGCGCUGGCCCUGCACCGCCGCCGCCACCCCGCCGCCCCGCCGCACCGCUGCGCCUGCGGCAAGACCUUCGCCAACACCACCAAGUUCCUCUACCACCGCCGCACCCACGCCAAGGCCGGCGCCCCGCAAGCGCAGCCCCACGGCGGGCGGCGGCGCGGGGCGACAACGGCGGCGACGGCGACAACGGCGACGGCCCCGGAGCGGCGUCACGGCUGCCCCAGCUGCGGCAAGCGCUUCGCCAAGGCGGGGCACGCCCGGGCCCACCUGCGCACGCACACGGGCGAGCGGCCCUUCCAGUGCAGCGACUGCGGCAAGACCUUCGCCUCGCGCGCCAACCUGCGCCGCCACGGCCGCACCCACACGGGCGAGCGGCCCUUCCAGUGCGAGCUCUGCCGCCGCCGCUUCACCCAGGCCGCCAACCUGCGCCAGCACCGCCGCCGCCACGCCCGCGCCCACCCCCACCCCCACGCCCCCCCCCCGGCGCCGCCACAGCCCCCCGCCGCCCCCCCGGCGCCGCCGGAGCAGCGGGGCGUCGUCGCCCGGGGGCUCCGCGGCCAGAGCCGCCCCCGGCACCGGCACCUGCAGCCGCCCCAGCGCCGCGGCGGCGAGCCCCCCCCGGCCCCCCCGCGCACGCUGAUGUGCACGGAGCUGGGCGAGACCAUCGCCGUCAUCGAGGCGCCGGAGCCGCUGCCGCUGGCCCAGGCCCUGGCGCUCUGCCGGGCGGCGCUGGGGGGGGGCCUGCGCCUGGGGGCGGCGCUGGGGGGGGGCCUGCGCCACGACGCCCCCGCCUAGGGGCCCCCCCCGUCCCCCAAACCCCACCGUGGAGGGGGGGGAGCUGCCCCACGGCGGCCCCAUGGUGCCCCUGCCUAGGGGCCCCCCCCGUCCCCAAAACCCCACCGUGGAGGGGGGGGAGCUGCCCCACGGCGGCCCACAGCAGCCGUUGGUGCCCCACAGCAGCCCCCCAGUGCCCCAUGGCAGCCCCCACCCCCCAAAGUGGCCCAUAGCGGCCCCACAGCUGCCCCACGGCGGCCCCCAGCCCCCCACAGCAGCCCCCGGUGCCCCAUGGCAGCCCCCCGGUGUCCUGCAGUGGCUCCCUGGUGCCCCACAGCUGCUGCCGGUGCCCCAUAGCAGCCCCCCAGCACCCCAUAGCAGCCCCCCAGCACCCCAAAGUGCCCCACAGUGGCCCCACAGCAGCUGCUGGUGCCCCCCAGCUGCCCCCCAGCACCCCGCAGCAGCCCCUGGGGCCCCAGAGCAGGCCCUGGCGCCCCAUGGCUGCCCCCAGUGCCCCACAGCUGCCCCCAGUGCCCCACAGCUGCCCCCAGUGCCCCACAGCUGCCCCCCCGGAGCACCCAGUGCCCCCCAGCGCUUUUCCAUGCCAAUAAU